GUGGGGGCGGUGGUGGGAGUAGCAGCAGCAGUGGUAGUGUGAAUGGGACGACGACAACGACUACGACUGGCUGGGUGAGGUGGACGCCAGGCCCGCACCUGCUCAGCCACAGCCUGAUAGGCGGCGGCAGUCCCAACUCGGGCGCCUCCUGUGUGGCCAGCUCCCUCAGCGCCCUCCUGCCGCUGCCGGCUUCCACUCAACAGGGCUCGGGAAGCGCCUCGACGCCCCCCUCCAACCAGGAUGACUCCUCUAGCUCGCCACCACCCGCACCCUCCUCCUCCUCCACCGCUGCCGCUGUGGCAGCGUUGUUCCCCACCAACGCUUCCCUCGCGUCUCCAAUCGCCGCCCUUGCCCUCCGGCCGCUCCUUAUCUGGUCCGCCGUGUCCUCGCUGGAACAACAAAUGUCGUACGAAGCCGUAUCUUCCAUUGCCGUGCAAUACACCUUGGGGCCCUCCUCCUCCUCAUCAUCAUCAUCAUCAUCUUCCUACGCUGCCAGUCCUCCCACCGCCGCUGCCAUCACCCUCGGCAGCACUGCCACGGCACCACCCCCGUCACCGCUCGCGCUACCUCUGGCCCCGCCGCUGGUCCUCGGGCCCCUUGACGGCACCUACCUCGACCCCAACGCAACAACCCACGGAGCGACGGCGUCCGCCGGCAUCGCCUCGUACGUCUCCUCCUCCGCCGGCUGGCAAUCCCUCCAACUGGACGUGGCAGGCGGGGAGGUGGUGGUGGAGGUGGCGGGGUGCCGGGGGGCGCUACUCGAGCAGAUUGUGUUUCGUACGAGCUUUGGCAGGAACUGGAGUACGGCAGUGGGUCCGGGGCUGGGUUGCAGUCUGCCGUACCGCUACCUGGCGCCCCCGGGGGGGUAUCUGGUGGCGUUGCAGGUGUAUGCGGGGAACUAUGUGGAGGAGGUGGGCCUGGUGUGGGGAACGCCGUUGCCGACGAUGGAGGUGCCAGGGGGGAACGGAACGCCGGUACCCCAACAUGCAGGGCAAGACAGCACUGCCAGCGGCGGCGACGCGACUGUACGGCGGACGACAUCACGAUCUGUCGUACUUGGUGUGAGUGUGACGGUUCCUGUCGUACUGGCGGUGCUGGCGGGCGCGGCGGCGGUGUUUGUGGUGUGGCAGCGGCGCCGCGGAGCUGACGGCGGCGUUGGCGGCGGCGGCAAGGGUGAAGUGAAGGGGGUUUCGCUGAUACCGCUUGCCUCGACAGCAGGUGCAGCGCCGGCGCCGGACGGGGCGAUGGGUUGGAAAGCCGGCGGUGGCGGCGGUGGAGGAGGCGGCGACGAAGAAGGCAGCGGUGUUGAUGACAGCGGCGGCAACGGAGCUCGCUCAGACUUGUCCUCAGUGGUUGUGGAGGGGGCGUCGAGCGACGGACGAUGCACCGGUCCUAGCCCCCCUGCGGAGGAGGCAGGGAAGGAAUCCGUCCCCGCUGCUGCUGCUGCGCCGACCGCGGGAGCAGCCCCCUCAAGCGUCAACGGGGAAUGUACGGCAGUGCCGUGCGAGGCAUUGGGCUCCCCGGUACCGAUGGGAAACAACAACAACAACAGCAGUAGCAACAAUGCCAACUGCUGCGACUCGAGCGCCAGCGGCGUGGCGUCCACUGCUGCUGCUGCUGCCGCACAACACCACCACCAACAACAACAGCAACACCACCACCAACAACAACAACAGAUCUUGAGAGCGGCUACGGCGGCGGCGACGAUACAGCAGCAGCCGCCCGGGCAGCAGCAGCAGCCGCCAGCGGAGGCAUGUGGCGGCAGCCUUGGGUCGCCGUACGUACAUCAGCUAACUGCCGUACAUGUUGGCGGUACGGCAGCGGCGCCGCGGCCGUUACGGCCGGUGCUGUACGGCAGCAUGGGUUCUACUGCUGCGGAUCCGGUCGCUGCUGCUGCUGCUUUGUUGGUACCUUUGGCUGGCGGGGCGGCAGCAGCGGCGGGGGCAGCGGGCGGAUGUGAUGUGGGCGGGGCCGAGGGCGCGGAUGCAUGGGCUCAGAGCCUGCAUGCGGCGCUGUUCCACAGGGUCUUGUACCAAUGGCAGCCACCGGUGCUCUCCGGCCUGCCCCCCACCGCUACCACCCCCGGCCUCACCUCGCUCACCAGCGCCUCCUCCUCCUCCUCGCCCGCCCCUCCUCCUGCCGGGAGCUCCUCCGCAUCCGCCUCCACCGCCUCCGCCGCUGCAGCCACCGCCGCCGCCGCCGCGGCCUCUCGCCUAGCAGCCUCAGGUACGGCGCCCGGCUCCGCCGUCUCCCUCCCCAAGCGGCCCGCUGCCGCCGCCGCCGCCACCACUGCAUCCGUCUCCUCCUCCGCCGCCAGUAACUCCCAAACGCCCUCAUCUGUUAGCGCGCUGCCCGCAUCUUCCGCCGCCGCCGCCACCGCCGCCGCUGCUGAGGGUUCCGGAAGUGGCGCUUUGUUCGCCGCCGCUGUCCCACCCACGGCACCAGCAACAGCAGCCGUGACGGCAGCAGCAGCAGCAGCAGGACACACAAUCCGCGCCGUCAGCGGCUGCGACGCCCUCAUAACGCUACCGCCGCCGCCGCCUCCGUCCAUGCAACCCUCACCCAAAUCCUCCACCCAUUCCGCCUCUGACGCCCUGGCAGCACUACAGGCGGGGGGCCGGGCUGCUGCUGCUGCUGCUGCUGCUGGCACGCGGAGGUCCGAGGUGGUCGGCAGCAGUAGCAGCUCCGCCACGGCACCACCUGGCACCGCCUCCUCACGCACUACCACUGGAGGAGGGGCGGCACCCGCUCAGGCAGUACAAGUGUCAUGGACUUGGGCUGCUGCGGUCAUGGCGGGAACCGGUGCUGGUGCUGCGACCGCCGCGGGGGCCGCCGCCGCUGGCAUUGCUGCAGGAGCAGCGACAGUGGCAGCAGCAGCCGGCGAAGCGACGGCGGCGACCGCAACCGACGUCGUGACGACGUCGCACCACCACCAGCACCAACAGCAGCAGCAGCACCACCAUGCAGCAGUGCUGCCGCUGGCGGCGUAUCCUGGCUUGCACCUGGGUGAUGUAGCAGCAGCGGCAGCAGCACCCCACCCUUACCUCCCUCCUCAGGCGGGGGCCGGCUGCUGCUGCCCCGCCGACCUCGACAACGCCUGCAACGACAGCGGCGGCGGCAGCAACGGCCCGACCACCGAGCUGUUGCUGGGUCGGGAUGUGGUGGUGGAUGCGGAGGACCCGGGCAGCUACCUGGGGCAUGGUACUUCGGGCGUGGUGCGCCGCGGUCUGCUGCGGCAGUCGGACGGCUCCUGGCUACCAGUGGCGGUUAAGCUGCUCAACCAACCCAACGACCAGGCGGUUGACACCUACCGGAAGCACCUGCGGACGCUGCUGCAGGAGAUGACCAUCCUGGGCUCCCUGCGCCACCCCAACGUGGUGCGCCUGCUGGGCGGCUCCGUGUCGCUGCUCAGCGGCGCCUCCUUCCUGGUGGAGGAGCUGUGCGGCAGGACACUCAGCCACGCGAUAUACGAUGAGUCCACACCGUACAGUCUGCAGCUCGUGCUGAAGUGGUGCAUCGAUGUGGCCCGCGGGCUGUCGUACCUUCACCCCAACAUCAUGCACCGAGAUCUCAAACCCAGCAAUGUACUGCUCGAUUCGUACGGCACCGCCAAGAUCUCGGAUUUCGGGCUGGCGCGAUUCAAGCUGCACACAACACUCGUGACUCGGGACGCGGAAGUGGGCACGACCUGUUACAUGUCUCCCGAGUGCUUCGUCAGCAACGACUUCAAGGUCACGGCGGCGUGUGACGUGUACAGUCUGGGCGUCAUGAUGAACGAAAUGGUCACCCGCUGCCGCCCCUGGAGUGGCGUGCGCACUGCGGUGGUGGGCUUCAAGGUGGCGGUGGUGGGCGACCGGCCGCGAUUGCCGCCGCCCGACUGCCCGCUGUGUCCGCCGGGGCUGCGGCAGCUCAUCCAGGACUGCUGGGCGCAGCAGCCGGAGGAGCGGCCGAGCAGCGCGGAGGUGCUGUCCAGGUUGGAGGAGCUGCUGG